UAUCUCUUUUCAGUGAAUAAAUAGAUCAGAGUUCAAAACAAGUAGAAUGCCUCUGGUUUGUUGCCAAGACUCUCCCCUACAGGAAAUAGAGGCCUGGGUGGGGUUUAAUUAUUUGUUCAUUGUAUACAAAACAAGAAUUAGUCUCACUGAAGGUUCAAAGAAGGACAGGCUUCAGCUAAGGAGACUUUAGCCCUCGUUUGCAGGAUGGAUUUCAUUUUUUCAGUAUUUGGAACCUUACUGAACUUGGAUGUCAAAAGUCUUCUGAUCUUCAUAGCCAUUUUAAUUCUCACUGCAGACUACAUAAAGAACCGCAGGCAUGCCAGCUUCCCUCCAGGACCUUGGGCUAUUCCUAUCCUUGGCAACAUUUUCUCAGUGGACCACAACAAGGCUCAUGAGAGUAUGACACAGUUAGCAGGGAAAUAUGGAGAUGUGUACAGUCUGCGGAUCGGCCAGCAGUGGUUGGUGGUCUUGAAUGGAUUUGAGGUUCUAAAAGAAGCUCUUGUGACUAAGGGUGACAGUCUGGCUGAUCGCCCACCCCUCCCUAUACUUGUGGACCUGACUGGUGGACUAGGUGUUGUUUUCAGUAAUGGGCACAUCUGGAAGCAGCAGAGGCGUUUUGCAGUUUCAACCUUGAAAAAUUUUGGAUUUGGGAGGAAGUCACUUGAACCAAACGUCUUGGAGGAAAUAACCUAUUGUAUAAACGACUUAAAUAGCUAUAAAGGUAAGCCUUUCAACCCAAACCUCAUCUUCAGCAACGCUAUCUCCAACAUCAUCUGCUCCCUGGUCUUCGGGCAUCGCUUUGAGUACACUGAUGAGAAGUUCAGGAAACUGAUCAGCUACUUUGAAACAGCACUCCAGAUUGAAGCGUCGAUCUGGGCACAGUUUUACAACGCAUUCCCUCGGCUGAUGAGAUGGAUACCUGGGCCACAUCAGACAUUCAAGCAAAUUUACUAUGAUAUAAAGGACUUUAUAAGAGAAGAACUUAAAGAGCACAAACAAAACUGGGACCCCUCAGACCAAAGAGACUACAUCGACUGCUACUUCAAUGAGAUAGAGAUGAGUAAAGGGCAAACUGACAACACUUUUGAUGAGGAAUGCCUGAUUAUUUCUGUCUUUGAACUGUUUGUGGCCGGCUCUGAGACCACAUCCACCACUUUGCGCUGGGCUUUCCUUUACAUGGCCAAGUACCCAGAGAUCCAGGCAAAGGUCCAGGCUGAGAUAGACAGAGUGAUAGGACAGUCCAGACAGCCGUCAGUGGAAGAUCGUGUAAGCAUGCCCUAUACAGACGCUGUCCUCCACGAGGUCCAGAGAAUAGGCAACAUAGUACCUCUCAGCCUGCCUCAUAUGACCAACAAGGAUAUCCAGCUGGGAGGCUACACAAUCCCAAAGGGAGUCACAGUCAUUCCCAACUUGACCUCUGUGCUGUAUGACAAGAAUGAGUGGGAGACCCCCUCCACCUUCAACCCAGGACACUUCCUGACUGAGGAGGGGAAGUUUGUGAAGCAAGCUGCCUUCAUUCCUUUCUCUGCAGGUAAGCGUGUAUGUCUUGGUGAGAACUUGGCAAAGAUGGAGCUUUUCCUCUUCUUCACCUCCUUCAUGCAGCGCUUCACCUUCUCCAUGCCUGCUGGGGUCAAGGCGAAGUUGGACUACCAAUUUGGUAUUACUCUGGCACCAUGUCCUUAUGAAAUCUGUGCCACGCCACGCUAAGAAUGAAGAAAAAGGAAUGUUCAGAGAACAAUAUGCUUUACCACUUUUUGGUAAUUUCUUGGUUUAGGCUGUAAAAUGUAUUCAGUAAAUAUCUUUUUUAUGUGUGUUACCUUACCAAGUUGACUGACCAUUGUAGAUAAAACGGUGGUUAUUGGAUAGAUUUUGGCUUAGCUUGGCUUAAUUGUGUGUUGUUGUUUUGUUUUUUUACAUUUUCAUAGAUGACACAAAAUACUUUGUAUAAUGCUUCCUUUUUAAAACCACCGAACGUUGAAAGUGAAAAAAAUCAAAAUAAAAUAAAAUCAGUCAAAUAUAGAAAUGUUGUCACUGCUUAUCAAAAACCCAUGAAGCCAACUCUGACUUCAAGACCACUGCGAAAUGACUUUUAAAAAACCUUUAUCAUUCAAGUAACUUGUAUGCUUCGCCAAUAAAAUGUUAUUUUUGAUACAUGUCAA